GACUUGCUAUAUAAAGCCAUCACAUCAGGUCCGCUUCUCAUUCAAGCAGUCUGCAGCCUUACAGAGCUUUAGCCUAUCCCUGCUCAGCCAGAAACAACUUGUAUUGAGAGAAGUGAGCUUCAGGGGUUCUUUUCUGUGUCUGACUGAUAGGCAAAGGAUGACUGUGAGCCUGAGCUGGGUAGUAACUUGUGCCCUCUUCAUAACUGCCACCGGCAAUGGAUUUAGCCAGAUAGGACUCAGACAAAUUUUGCUGGAGAAACUAGGACUUCCUGAACUCCCUAAUCUUCAGAGGACAGACCUGGAGAAUCUGAUCAUCCCAGAGAGUAUAAAGAACAAAUAUGUGUCCCUGCUGAAGCGUCACCGAGUGAAACGGAGAGCCUUGCCAAGUCUAGCUGGAAUCCUGAGAGGAAUUCCCGGCAAUGCAGAUAUUUCAGGAGAUGUUCUCUAUUCGAACACCACCCGCCAGAGUCUUGUCUUCGAUAUGGAGGGCAGAAUACCAGAAAACAGUGAAGUCACAAUGGCUGAACUGAAACUUUUCAAAAAGCCCCUGGAGAGGACACAUCUGCCCAGCAGGCAGUCUCAUAGGCCGGUUACGAAUGCCAGGGUGAGCGUUUACUGGGUGCAGCUUCAAGACAAUGGCACCAAACGGACUUCUUUGAUUGACUCCAGGUUAGUUCCAAUUAUGGAGUCUGGCUGGAGGAAUUUUGAUGUCACUCAGGCUGUGCAUUUCUGGCUAAAAACCAAGAAGCAAGGGCCAAUGCUCCUGGAGAUUUGGAUUGAAGGAGAAAGGUUAGGCAGUUAUGCCUCUGAAAUGGCAAAGGUUGUGCGCUUUACUUCUCAGGACCCUUUGGAUAAAACUCUGGGCAAACCUGAAUUGGUGCUUUACACUCUCAACCUGGAAGAAUAUGGAGGACCUGGAGACUGUAAAGAAGAAAUCUUGACAGAGAAGACCAUGUGCUGCCGGCAGGAAUAUUACAUCAAUUUCCGAGAGCUGACGUGGACUCAGUAUUGGAUUAUUGAGCCAGCUGGCUACCAGGCUUACCACUGUGUAGGUAGCUGCUGGCAGCCCAAGAACUUGCUGCGCCAUUUUGGCUAUGGAGAGAGAACCUGUGCAGUGGUGGAGAGUUCUCCCCUUCCCAUGAUGUAUCUUGUCAAGAAAGGAAACUAUACAGAAAUUGAGGUGGCAGAAUUCCCUAAUAUGAUUGUAGAAAAAUGUGGCUGUAUUAUGGACAAUGUAGCGGUGGUCUAGUUAUAAACACACAGUGAGGUGCUGGUGGUUUUAACUGGUGCAAUAGGUGAUCAGAUACAGGGUGCUCUUUUUCUACUUUAAUAGCCUUUUUGAAGGAAGCCACAAAUCUUAGCACUCCUAUUCCUCUCCUAAUCUGGCAUAUUACAAUUGUUUGCUGAUCUUAUGAAAAAAUGCACAGCAUAGUUAUGUUCUUUUUGCAACAAGGAAUAUAAUUAUGGUGCCACAAAUGAAGACUGAUCCAAAUUGAACUUUUUCACAAGUGGAAAAGAAAAGAAAAGCUCAUCACAGUAGAUUUGUGCAAUUUGUCCUCCAUUGGUAAGAGAACUCAACAUUGUAGUGAAACAUGGAUAUUUUGAGUUUUUA